UUCCCUUUUGUCUCAUUGACAUCUUAAGCGAGGACCACAGCCUCCAAUCUCCCUAAGCUGUGUGGCUCAGGAUUUAUGCAUUUCCCAGAACUGCUGUACCUGUCUGCAACUUUAACCCGACCAUGGAGCUUAUAUAAAUAAACUGUCUUUGUAACUUACAAAUGUUAAGAGUGAGGAUGAGAGUCCUAAUUUGCAGCGGCUCUCCAUUCUUUCUGCAUAACUCACCACACCAUCGGAAGCCGAAACAGAUUGUGUCCAGACCUCUUUGCUGCAGCCUGAGAAAGCAAAGCGGAACAAGUCUCGGAAACACAUGGCCACCCAUCACUCUCUCACUCUUUGGUUCAGGAUUCUUCUGUGGUCCGCUUAUUGAUGGGCUUCAUUCAAGAGUGAAUCUUGUUGUCUAUCAAAAUGGGUCGAUCGACAUAGGUCCUCUUCACACCAAUAUCUGGGUACCUUUCUUGCUGGGAUUGUUUUACUGCACUGUUGGGUGGACACAACUCUUGCUGGAUGAAAGAGCUUCAUCAGACCCUCCCAAAGGAAGCCCACAGAAAACAGCAGUUUCUCUAGUAGCACUGAUACUAUUUAUUGAGUUGAGUGCUGAAAUGUACAAAGCUGGUGUAGCAGACAACAUUGAGGCCUAUAUACUAUUUGCUCUGGCAGAGUUGCUCUGGUUUUCACUGGACAGGACAUGGAUAGGUUUUACCCUGGCAUCCAUUGUGGGUCUUGGCUGUCCAUUGGCUGAAAUUCCUAUAAUGAAGUUGUUCCAUCUUUGGUAUUACCCUCAAGCAAACAUCAAGCUCCUUGAUGAGGGAUUAAUCACUUGGACAAUCACUUGUUACUUUGUUUACACGCCAUUUCUGAUAAAUUUAUCGCGCUGGCUGAAAACAAUCUUCGCGGAUGGCAAUAUCGAAGGCAAGUCUGCCUGAAGAAAAGAACUACCCAAGAGCCAGAAUGAAUGGGGCAUUCCAGUUCUAACUAGAAAGAUUUGGCUAAUACAAUCAAGUUUUCCGAUCUUUGUUUAAUGUAAUCAAACUAGUGUUUCUGAAUACCAGAAAAACGCAUUCAUUCAAUAUGCUAUUUCUCUGCUUAAAACAAUCCUCUUGGGACAAUUUACUGAUUACCAGAAGAACACAAGUGCAAUCCAUUGCAUGAUCAUUGUACAUUAAUACAUUAUUUAGUCGAUCAUAAAUAUUCUUAUAGGUACAUUACUCAACUGCAUGUAAAAAAUCAUCUUCCAUGCUUGUAAAGCUAUUUAUCAUAUCACUAACUAUUUACUUCUGCUACACUACUUUGUAAAGUGACCCAGACAGC